AUGGCAAUCAACUUCUUUUUACUCUCCAUUUUUCUUGGUUAUCCAUUGUUUCGAAAAAAAUACCAGCUACUCAUCCUAUUAGCUGUCGGUGAUGGGAUCAAUGGCUUAGCGAUUAUUUUAACUGGUCUCAACCGUGUUUAUCUUUAUUCAACUGCUUUGGAGACAUUAACUCUUCCAGUCAGAACGCCGUGGGAAUGCGCGGUCGAAGUUUGGAUCAUCAUGAAGCUCGUCGGCGAUCUCCUUCUCCCAAUCACGACACUUUGCAUGGGAAUCGAGCGUCUCGUAGCGAUUCUCUUCCCCAUUUUCUUUCAUCAACGACUCGAUGGAAGACCGAUAAAG